CCUAGCUCUAGAUUAAAAAUUUCAGUUCCACACUCAAUAUUCUAUAAAUAAGAUUCGCGAAAGUGUAGCUAUCAUGAAAACUCGGUUCAACACAUAUGAUAUCGUUUGUGGGGUGGCAGAAUUACAACGGUUAGUUGGAUUUCGCGUAAACCAAAUUUAUGACAUAGACAACAAAACCUAUCUAUUACGGUUACAUGGCGGCAAAGAAAACGAAAAAGCCACGCUUUUAAUUGAAUCUGGUGUAAGGUUUCAUACCACCGAUUUUGAAUGGCCUAAAAACGCAGCCCCUGGAGGAUUUAGCAUGAAAAUGCGAAAGCAUUUAAAGAAUAAGCGUAUUGAAUAUAUACGACAAUUAGGAAAUGACCGUAUUGUUGAUUUUCAAUUCGGGAGGGGCGACGUUGCCAAUCACCUUUUCCUAGAGCUGUAUGACCGUGGCAACAUUGUAUUAACAGACGUAGACUUGAAAACUAUGUACAUUCUAAGGCCACACACGGAAGGUGAUCGAUUCGCCGUACAUGAAAAAUAUCCAAUCGAUCGUGCUAAGAAGGAUAUCGACGAUAUCUCUUUGGAUACAGUACAAAAGCUUAUUGAUAAUGCAGCACCCGGGGAAAGUUUAAAGAGAGUCUUAAUGUCACUCCUAGAUUGUGGUCCGGCAGUAAUAGAUCACGUUCUUUUAACGCAUGAGCUGAACCAUCAUGUUGUAAGCUAUACAGCAAAACCAGCGAAAACAGCGCAGAUGCUAGAACAUACUAAAACGAAACAACCCAAACUGCGGAUUAAUUCUGGAACUGCGGUAGAAGCAAAACCUUUUGACGCAAAAACUGAUCUGACAAACCUGUUGCAGGCAAUUAAGGAAUCACGUGAUAUUAUAAAAAUGGGGCAUGAAGGAAAAACCAAAGGGUAUAUUAUUCAAGUUCGUGAAGAAAAACCUAUGAAUACUGAAACAAAAGACGCGGAAUAUUUUUAUAGAAACAUUGAGUUUCAUCCAUACCUUUUUGCACAGCAUCAGACACAGCCUCAUGCAGUGUUCAAUUCGUUUAUGGCAGCUGUUGAUGAGUUCUUUUCAGCACAAGAAUUCCAAAAAAUUGACUUAAAAACGUUACAACAAGAAAGGGAUGCACUAAAAAAACUGUCCAAUGUUAAAAAAGAUCACGCCAAGCGCCUAGAGUUACUCAACAAGAUUCAAGAUAUGGACACAAAAAAGGCUGAGCUAAUACAAUGCAACCAGAUUUUGGUGGAUAAAGCUAUUUUAGCCGUUCAGUCGGCAAUAGCUAAUCAAAUUUCUUGGACAGAUAUACAUGAACUUGUUAAGGAGGCCCAAGUUAAUGGUGAUGAAGUUGCCAAAUGCAUAAAACAGUUAGACCUGAAAAAAAACCACAUAUCCUUAAGUCUCUGCGAUCCAUACAAAAACGAUAACGACAAUGGUAAUUCAGAAAAUUCAGUCAUUGUAGAUGUUGAUUUGGCUUUAUCAGCUUGGGCAAAUGCCCGCCAAUAUUAUGAUCAAAAGCGCUUUGCAGCCAAAAAAGAACAAAAAACUGUUGAUGCGUCACAAAAGGCUCUUAAAUCAGCUGAGCGCAAGACCCAACAAACACUUAAAGAAGUUCGCAUCAUAUCUACAAUUACCAAAGCAAGGAAGGUCUUUUGGUUUGAAAAGUUUUAUUGGUUUAUUAGUUCCGAAAACUAUCUUAUCAUUGGAGGAAGAGAUGCGCAGCAAAACGAACUUAUUGUUAAAAGGUACAUGCGCCCAAAUGAUAUUUAUGUACACGCGGAAAUUCAAGGAGCUUCUAGCAUAAUCAUUCGAAAUCCAUCUGGAGAAAAAGUUCCUCCGAAAACUUUAUUAGAAGCUGGAACUAUGGCAAUUUCAUACAGCGUGGGAUGGGAUGCAAAAGUCGUUACAAACGCUUAUUGGGUUCAAAGCAAUCAAGUCAGUAAAAAUGCUCCAACUGGGGAGUACUUAGGAACUGGAAGCUUUAUGAUCCGCGGGAAAAAGAAUUUUUUGCCACCCUGUCAUCUCGUAAUGGGCUUGAGCUUGCUUUUUAAGCUAGAAGAUAGCUCUGUACACCGCCAUAUUGGAGAGCGAAAAGUACGUAGCGUUGAAGAUGAGUUUGAACUAAAUAUACCAGAAAUAAAAACCAGGGAUUUACGUAAUGAAGCUAAACAGAUUCAAAACAAUAAUGGCAAAACUUUUGAAAGCAAUAUAUUUGCUUAUCCGAAUACUGAAAUCAAAAUUGAACACGAUACUGGUCGCUUGUUUGUUAACAAAGAAUCUUCAUUUGCAGAAAACAUACAUUUAGAAAAAAUUACUGAAAAUUGUAAUACAGACGAAUCAACAUUAAUAUCUGCUGGGACAACGCGAAAAAAACAGCAGACAAACGCAAAAAAAUGUAAAGAAGAAAAGAAGCCGCAAUGUACACUUAACACUCAAACAACGUUAUCGAGCCUAAACGAAACCGAUUUAAAAAGUACUUCCAAAAUUAAACGUGGUCAGAAAGGGAAAUUGAAAAAAAUAAAAUCUAAAUACAGGGAUCAGGAUGAUGAAGAGCGUGAACUAAGAAUGAUGAUACUUAAAUCUUCUGGGAAGGAAAAACCGCAACCGCAAGUGAAUGAAAGCAAAGACAACAAAGAACUUGAAAAUAAUAAGCAACUAGAUCAAGCUGAACUUACAAAUACUACAUCGAACUGUAAAAAUAAUGUAGAACUUGGCGAAAAUUAUGAUAUAUCUGCUGGCUAUGAUGUUGAAAUGAUCGAUACUCUUACUGGUCAACCCCUCGAAGAUGAUGAACUGCUGUUUGCAAUUCCAGUAGUGGCCCCAUACCAAUCCUUGCAACAAUACAAAUUCAAAUUAAAACUAAUUCCAGGUACAGGAAAACGUGGAAGAGCUGCUAAAGUUGCACUUGCAUUGUUUUCAAAGGACAAAAGCUGUAACUCCCGAGAAGCUGAUUUACUAAAGAGCAUUAAGGAAGAGGCCCUAGCUCGUAAUAUUCCUGGAAAAGUAAAGCUAUCAGCGCCACAGCAACAUACAUUUAGAAAGCAUUAAUAAGAUUAUAACAAACAUUAAUUUUCAUAAAACUUAAAAAGAGCUGGAAUAGUUAGAAAGUUUAAUUUGGUUAAUUAAAAAUACAGCAAAUAUAAAUAAAAAGUAAAAUAAAAUGUAAA